AUGAGCGAUAGAGAUCAGAUAGAACCUGUCACAAAUGCAUUAGAUGCAGAAAGUGAUUCUAGUGAUGAUUUUGGGAAUUUUUCAGAUGCCUCAGUUGAAAAUGACCUCUAUAACCAGAAUUCUACUUUAACGACGUCUUCCGAAUCUGUAGUAGAUAACUGCUUGAAUAAGAUACUACCAAAGGGAGAAUUUGACCUGGAAGAAGAAACCAUAAAGAAUGACUGUUUCAAGCUGAGCAAACUUAUUGAAGAUGAACGACCCCAUGUCAUUUAUGAACAACUCGUACAAUUAGAUCCUGUGUUACAGCCAUUCAUAUGGAAUAAAUCUCAUAUACGCAGAAACUUGCUCCACAUUUUGAGAUUAUCGGAUAAUAAUGGCUCUGAGGGUGUUGGUACGAAGAGGGAGGAAGAACCGUUGAAUGAUGAGUUGUUCAAAAGGAUAUGCGAUGCAGUGGAGAAAAAUGAGCAAACGGCUACUGGUCUCUUCCUGAGGGAUAAUUUCAAAAUUGACUAUACACCACCAAUGACUUUAAAAUCUCUUCAAAAGGAAGAGGAGCGUGAGCAAGAGCAGCAUAUACCGCAAUUGCUUAUGGCAGAUUUUACUAGUAUGGAUGAAGAAUCUUUACGCCAAUACCACGAUACAUUGUGUCAAUCCAUUGACUUUUUGGUUAGUAAAUCAAGAUCAUUGAAGAAACAACAGCGAGACCUCCUAAAGGAUAAGACAACUUUUGAAAAUGUAGUGACGAAUUUGACAGGACAUACCCAAAGACUACAGCGAGACGAAAUUGCAUUGUAUAACAAAAAGCGAAACAAAAAGAAAAGGUUCAGUUGGGUAGGAUACUAA